AUGAUGCCGGGCGUGACAGCCAAUUUCGAUGUGUCGGUCCUUCCUCUGAUCCCCUCGGAAGGCGAUAUCACAGAUCUGCAUGGCUAUCUGCAUGGCCCUCUGCCUCUGAGUCCCGAGCUGGGCUCGCGCAGGAGUCCGCAUGCACGAUAUCGGCGGGAAGGCAGUGAAGAUCGGUUGCGAUCGCCUACCGCGCAGUCUACGCCGCGCCUCCCGAGGCAGCCGCGCGUGGCCAACCAGCACAUGAAAGAUGCCGUCCCGAGCUCGUCGACCUCGAGCCUGUACAACUAUGGCAUGAUGCGGACGGAAAGCUCACCAUCGCUGCGUGGGGGCACACCUGUCGCGAGUCCUCCCUCAUCCACGACGCACUUGCCAAGAGAACGGCCCCUGUCGCCUUUGCGUGUUGCGUCGCCCGUCUCGACGGCGCGUGAGGACUCCGAAGGAACGCCUACGUCGAAGCCACGAAUGCACCGAUCGCGUAGCGUGUCCCUUUUAUCGCUCCGCAAGUUGACUGGCAAGACCAAGACGCCGGAGGCCAAGGGCAAAGACUCUACACAGCCUACCCCCAAGUCGUCCAUGGAUGAUGGAUCGGUCGACGAACCGUCGACACCCAUGCGCUUCUUCCGCCGCUCACGCAGCCGAGCGGAUCUUCGAUCUGCUGCGAAGAACUCUGAAGCUCCGCUACCGCCGCAAGAUUUGCCGCGUCCUCCUGCGCUAGAACGCAUGGCGAUGCCUCGCUCCAGCUCGACUGACUCGCUGCCGUACCGUAGCGAGUACAAUGCUCGGCCUUCGCUCCCUGGCCGUCGGCCAGAUGUGCCCAUGCGUCCACUGGACCUGUCAGCGGCCAGUCCUGAUACGUCCUUGACGUCGAUUGGCGAUUUGUCGCUCUCGCGGAUCCCGCCGCCGCCGCUGUUUGUGCCUAAGCCCACAACAACCUCUCUUUCUGCAGUCACAGCUUCGCCUGUGGAUGUAUCACCACCUACCGCGUCGAUGGGCACGUCGGGCCCCAUUAGCUCGCCUUCUGUGUAUACCGCUUCGUCCGCGCCUCCGUCCGCGCCGCCUGUCCCUGUUGCGGAGGACGUACCUUCUGUGGCUCCUGAGGCCGAUCAAGGCACCUUGUCGUCACCAGCCCUACCACCACUGCCGAACAAGUCGCCUGUUCUUCCACUCCCUUCCCCGACACCCCCCUCUGUGAAUGCAUCGUCCACGUCCUUGGUGUCGGCCCCGACGAACACGCACACCACGAGUUUGUCGUCGUCGCGUCCUAGCUCGCCUUUGGUGCCCAAGCCCCCAGUGAAUCGCUCACCUCACAAUCCUUUCCUGCAGCGCGUCAAUGACGAGCCCCUGUCGCCCGACGAGUCGCAUUUCCAAAUGGAGCCUACGGCGUGGCCGACGCAUUCGUCUGCGCCUACGGAGGCUGCAUCGGUGGUUGCGACGGACGACGAAAAGCAUCUGGCCGUCUCCGAUGUGGACAGUCGUCCUAUAUCGGUACAGGUAGACGACGCGCCAUCGUCGGCGGCUCAUGAACUGUCUGACGCGCCUCCACGCGCCAGCUCGAGUCAGGGUGCGCUGUCGUCCUCGCCAUCCGCUGCAGUCCCUGCGUCUUCCUCUGCCUCGCCUUCGCCGAUGCUGCGGCCACCCACAGCGAUGACGUCCGAGACUUCGCCGCCCUUGAGUGGACCACGUGCAAGCUCGCCGUGGAUGCGGAAAGAGCCUUCAUCGUACCGCGUAAGCACGCCUACGACCAUGUCAGCUUUCCAUGUUGAGGCGCCUACUACGGACUCGUCCAAGUAUACGCAGCAGACACUUCCUGACGCCUUCUCCAUGAGUAUCCAGCCGGAGCAGGAUGGAGAGUCGCCCUCGUUUGUCCUUCCUGCCUUGCCCUCGCCAUCUCCCCCCAUCCCGACACAAGCAUGGGAGGCGCCUUCAUACACAUCGGACAAGGCGCCUACGUCGCCAGUACCGGCCUCGGCUCCCGUGCCAGCGCCGGCACCAGCGCCAGCGCCGGCCCAUGCCCCCACGCCUUCAACAUGGUCGUCCCUGCCUGUCCCCAGCACCACCUCGCAAUCCGAUCCAUUUUUCAACUUGACGGCCACGUCGUCUCCCCCUCCUUCUCGUGCCCCGAUGCCGCGUACAGCGACCGUGGGUGGUCCACGCCAAAUGAGCUUGACAGCGGCGUACGAUGCGGCACAGCGUGCCAAGCAAAUGACACCGACCAAGCCCGGGACGUCGAUUCAGUGGUCCAUGCCGACGUCGGCGUCUGGAUCGUCGGCUCGCGGGCCCAGCACGCCUCAUACCCCUCUGUCUGGGCUGGGCUUGCAUAAUGCAGCCCCCUCGUCCGCGCCCCUGGGUCUGGCUGCCUCGGAUGCACAUGCCGCGUCCUCUACGGAACCAUGGUCGGUGCCUCCACCCUCGAACUCGACGGGGGUGCCCUCUCUCUCGUUCGUGGACGACCCUUCUAUUGCGACUGUGCUCUACGAUUCGGAUUCGAUCGACACGCGCCAUGCAACGCCCAGCGUCGGAGAUACGCCUGUACAGCCAGCUGUCUCUACGCGCAUGCCCUCGUCGUACAAGAGCGCACCGCCGACAAGCGCCGCCCUCCGUGCGCCAUCGGCGGCAGCGUCGGGGCCUUUCGAUGCAAUCUCGAUGUCGCCAGAGCAGAAGCGCGUGUCGAUGUUGGCGGAAAUUGAAGAUAUGCUUCAGGCGGCACUCAAUAUUGCCUCGUCGCCUCAUGACGACACCGUCUCUAACAAGGGGCCAGCAUCGUACGAUGACCCGUUCUCCUUGUCGUUCAACGGCUCCCAAGCUGAUGCCUCGACGCUGGCGCUACCGAAGGUCGAUGUGCCUUCGCGGUUGGAGCAGGUGUAUGCCCAGCAAGCGACUUUGCGUGGCUCGAUCGAGUCGUCUCGGGCAGAGAUUCUGAGUCUACGUCAAAAGAUCAAAGCGUUCCGUACGGGUCUGGAGGACGAUCCUAUUUUGCACGAAGAGCCUAUCGCGCCGAGCGUGGGUACAACGUCGCAGCUGGACUCGCAGCGCCGGCUCCGCGAAAGCUUGGCAUCUAUGGAUGAUUUAGAUCGCCGCCUUGCGUCUAUGCUCGCUAUGCAUGGUACCCCCAUCUCCGACUAG